AUGAGACCCCACCACCGCCGCUCUCCCGCAGUCCUACUGCUGUAUUGUAUACAAGUUGUUAUAAUUGGCAGAGCUCUAUCGGUGGGCACAGGGACUUACCCUGAUGUCUACUCACUCUGUAACAACACCUGGGUGAACAAGACACGUGUCAACGAGAAAUGCCUCUUCAACAGCACAAGUUCCCACAGAAACACGGCAUCCUUCUGGGAGACAUGGCUCUUCAACAGCACCCUUUCUUUGAACGACACAAAACCUGGAUUGAGCUUAUUGAACAUGACUGCACUUCCGUACACGGUGUAUGAGUUCCAAUGGGAGGACGGCCUGUUUCUGGGACUGCUGGGUAUUUCUAGCCUGCUUGGAACCGUUGGAAACGUUGCUGUCAUACUGGCAUUUCUACUGUACCAUAAGGUUCGGACCACUGCUAACACAUUCAUCCUGAACCUCAGUAUCUGGGACCUGGUGUCGUCUGCAGCCAUCAUCCCUCUCUCCAUCUUAUCUAUGGCCACCGGUCAACCUAACUGUGGGGAGGCAUGCUGUGCCUUCAUAGGAUUUCUCAGCAUGUUUACCACUUAUAAGCGCUUGUUCAGUCCUGUGAAGGCAUUCCUGUGGGUUGUUGGGUCAUGGGUGACAGGCACUAUGAUCAUGUUUCCAGCUAUAUCCGGCAUUUAUGGAAGCCUGGGUUGGGACGCAUAUAUAAGCGUAUGUCAGGUAUCCUCCGAUGACCCCCAAAGUCCGUUGUUUUUCAAAAACGUUCUAUUGUCCAUGUACUGGGUUGUAGUGUUCACCAUAUCUGCUUUCUAUAUCAGAAUCUACCUGCACGUGCGAAAAAGUACCAUGGCCAUCGGACAACACCUCGGCCACAGCCCGCAACAAGUGUCCCUACAGGCGGUGAAGCGAACGAAACACAUGUUCUACAUCUUCUUCACGUUCUUCGCUCUUACCUGCCCGUCUAUUGUGAUGAACUAUGUAGAUUUCUUCAGUGCCUUUCUUCCCAAAGCUGUUUUCCUCACCAGUUCUGCACUCUACUACUUGAACAUCGCAGUCAACCCCAUUAUUUACACCUGGACCCUGAAAGAGUUUCAGCAAGGGUUUAAGUCUAUGAUCCGUUGCAGACGCCAUCUUGCCCUGGUUCCUCCAGCUGCCCAACCCACUGCUCAGAGAAGCACGAGGGUUAUAAAUGUUUUGUCCCGAUUGACAGUUUCCAACCGUGUCGCCCAGGCAGGUCCUUCGGUUGCAGUGCCUGAGGCAAAAUCGCGAGAAAGCAUUCUGUAG